UCAAUUAUAAAAUGUUUCAAAUGUUUCUAAAUGAUGUGCAAAAAGAAUAUUUACAAGAUCAUUUUCUCUAUAAAAGUGAAAUUGAUCUUGUUCGACCUAUAAUGAAAAGUAAAAGGUUCCGAAUCACUUUUAAGAAAUGGUUAGAACAUUUAAAAAAGUCUCGAGACAUGCAAAUUACUGAUGUAAAUUCACAAAACUCCAUGAUACUUCAAUUAAAGAAAUGUAAAAAUAUCUUAAAAAAAUAUAAUUUAUGCAACCGGUAUUUGAUUGACUUGAAUGUGCAAUCAGAUAACUUUGAAAAAACAGCAUCAAAAAUUUAUUAUGAAAGAGCAAACAUACUAAUAAAGACGGAAAAUUAUUAUGAAGCACUUCAAAGUUUGCUAAUGAUGACUGAUACAUCAGAAGUAAAAGUGGUUUAUAGACUGGCUUUAUGUGCCCUAAAAUCAAACGAAAAAAAAUUGUUUGAAAAGAAUCUAUCUUUUUUAAAGGAGUUAUAUAAAAAUAUGGAAUCAAGAUCGGAAAAAGAUGUAGAGGAACUUAAAAAAUAUCAAAAUGAAUAUGAAAAGCUUCUAAAAAAAGAUGUAGUGGCAUCAGGUAAUUCAUUAAACGACAGAGAUAAGUUCUUACAUAAAUUUAAAGAAAUAUCAAUUAAAAUUACUCCUAAAGAAGGAAGACACAUUAUUUUAAAUGAGCAUGUAGAGGACAAUACAAAACUUUUCAAAGAAAAUGCAUUUGCAUUUGUUCCUCUACUACCUAGCUCUAGAAACUACAGCAAUUGUCAAGGCUGUGCUACUUCAAAUAUAGUUCCAGUUUUUUGCAAAAUAUGUAAAGGUGGAUUUUGUAGCAUUAUUUGUAUGAAGAGCCACACAUAUGAGUGUAGAGGGAGUGAGCUUGGGAUUUGGCCUGAAGUCGGAAUCGCUUAUUUAGCAUUUAAGAUUUUUAUAAAUGGAUUUCAUCAAUUUCGUAUCAUGCUUGAAGAGAGUUUUGAUGGGAAAACUCUUGAUGAAAUUUUAAAGUCUGCAGUAGAAGUUAAAUUCAGCCCAGAAAAAGAACAAUAUCGUUUAUUAUUGUCGCUAGAGACACACUUUGACCAAAUGAUGCAUGGUGAUUUGGUCACUUUUGCUUUAACAUCUUGUGCACUGAUAUUGUACUUGCAAAUGGAAACGACAUUCUUCAAAGACCAGAAAAUUUUGUUAGAAGAUGAAAAAUGGGAAGUACUUGCAUCCUCUUUGCUUCUACGACAUAUCGGUCAAUCAAUUUGCAAUGCUCAUACAAUGUCCGAUUUAAAGAUUGAAUUUGGAGGAGAAUUAUUUCCACCGUUCAACAAAGUUUCAAAUGAGAUACUCCGAUUUGAAACACCAAUAAUUCAAAACGUAGAAACAUUCGCUGGAAUUUUUCCUUUUAUUAGUCUUUUGAAUCAUAGUUGUAAAUCAAAUAUCAGAAAUUGCUUCAAUGGAAGUCAUUUAACUAUAUACUCAAAGGGAAUAAUAAAAAAUGACGAUGAGAUUCUUAACAAUUAUGGAAUCAACUAUCUUCGCUCUUGUAAAACUGAUAGGCAAAUUGCGUUACGGGAACAGUAUCAUUUUAAUUGUAAAUGCGAAGAGUGUUCAAAACCUCAUGACAAUUAUUUAAUAUUACAAAAAUUGAGAUGCGUUGUGUGUCAAAACUUACUUGAGGCUACUUUUGACAUGGAAACUAUGGAAGUGAACUCUAAGAAAAAACAUAUAUGUAAUCACUGUGGGACUUAUUUCAACGUUGAUGAAUUUGAGCAGAUGAUUCGAAAGCUUUCGGAGAACCUACAAGAAAUUUACAGUCAGAAUAUGCUUGACAAUACUAUCAAAAUUUUGGAAUAUUGUAUGGAACGUUUGAAUCCCUAUCAUGAAGUUAUAUAUUUUUUCUCAAAGUCAUUAAUAAGUUCCUUAGAUUAUUCAAAAAUAGAAGAAAAUGUAGAGUUAGCAAAAGUAGCGGAAAAUAUGUUAAAAAUCUGUCAAUAUCUUUACGGAAAGUAUAGUAUUGAAUUUUUGCUGGAUAAUUUGUCUGUUAUGAAAUUCUUAUCUAAAAAUAAAAGCGAUAUAAUGGAGUUGGCAAGCAAUGUCUUGUCCGAUCAAAGUUUUAAUAUUUUUAAAAAUGUUUAUAAAGUUGUAUCCAUUUGUUAAUAUUUUUUUUUUAUAUAUAUAUAUUAGGUUUAGUAUUUUUUCAAUGCCUUCAAUUUCAUCAAAUUUUAAUGAUACAAAUAAAAUCAUUUAGUUUUCGUCAUUAUUAUUUGGCAAGUUUUACUAUCAUAAUUAUGAAAUAUUUACAAAUAGG